AGGCUCCUGUUCGCUGGCUCUGGGAAAGGCGACCACUGGAAGCUCCGCGGGCGCUGCAGCUGGAGCUGUGACCCCGCCGCGCAGCCGGGAGUCGGCCCGGUGUGGAGAGAGUGCAGGGAGAGCUGGGCGGGGCGCCAGCCCAGGGCCCCGGAGCGUGCCCCGGCCCUUCGCAGGGCUUCUCCCGCCGUCGGUGAGGCGCGUCCAGCCGCUGCGGCUGACAGGGGCAGCGCGCGCGCGCGCGCGGGAGUCGUCAGGGUCGCCGCAGCCGCACCUGCGCGGGCGGCCAGCGCAGGGUUCCCCGCCCGGCCGGGCGGGCUACGAGGUCAGGGGAAGCGGGUGCGGGUGCAGGCGGGGCCCCGCAAGGGCCACCUCCUCGCCCCGCGGCCACCGCUGGAAGAUGUCUCAGGAGAGGCCCACGUUCUACCGGCAGGAGCUGAACAAGACCAUCUGGGAGGUGCCCGAACGUUACCAGAACCUGUCCCCGGUGGGCUCCGGCGCCUAUGGCUCCGUGUGUGCUGCUUUUGACACGAAAACUGGGUUACGUGUCGCAGUGAAGAAGCUAUCCAGACCGUUUCAGUCCAUUAUUCAUGCCAAAAGAACCUACAGAGAACUGCGGUUACUUAAACAUAUGAAGCAUGAAAAUGUGAUUGGUCUGUUGGAUGUUUUCACACCUGCAAGGUCUCUGGAGGAAUUCAAUGAUGUGUACCUGGUGACCCAUCUCAUGGGGGCAGAUCUGAACAACAUUGUAAAAUGCCAGAAGCUCACGGAUGACCACGUUCAGUUCCUCAUCUACCAGAUCCUCAGAGGUCUCAAGUAUAUACAUUCAGCCGACAUAAUUCACAGGGACCUAAAACCUAGUAAUUUAGCUGUGAACGAAGACUGUGAGCUGAAGAUCUUGGAUUUCGGACUGGCUCGACAUACAGAUGAUGAAAUGACAGGCUAUGUGGCCACCAGGUGGUACAGGGCUCCUGAGAUCAUGCUGAACUGGAUGCAUUACAACCAGACAGUUGAUAUUUGGUCAGUGGGAUGCAUAAUGGCCGAGCUGUUGACUGGAAGAACGUUGUUUCCUGGUACAGACCAUAUUAACCAGCUUCAGCAGAUUAUGCGUCUGACGGGGACUCCCCCUGCUUAUCUCAUUAACAGGAUGCCAAGCCAUGAGGCAAGAAACUACAUUCAGUCUUUGACGCAGAUGCCGAAGAUGAACUUUGCAAAUGUAUUUAUUGGUGCCAAUCCCUUGGCUGUCGACCUGCUGGAGAAGAUGCUUGUAUUGGACUCAGAUAAGAGAAUUACAGCAGCACAAGCCCUUGCACAUGCCUACUUUGCCCAGUACCACGAUCCUGAUGAUGAACCAGUGGCUGAUCCUUACGAUCAGUCUUUUGAAAGCAGGGACCUCCUUAUAGACGAAUGGAAAAGCCUGACCUAUGAUGAAGUCAUCAGCUUCGUGCCGCCACCCCUUGACCAAGAAGAGAUGGAGUCUUGAGUGUCUGGUUUCUAUUCUGUUGAUCCCACUUCACUGUGAGGGGAAGGCCUUUUCAUGAGAACUCUCAAAAUAUCAUUCAAGUGCCUCUUGUCGCAAAGAUUUCCUCCAUGGUGGAAGGGGUGUGUGUGUGUGCGCGCAUGUGUGCGUGUGUGUGUGUGUGUCUGACUUUGUGGGAGGGUAAAACAUGAACAAACUAUCACAGUGACUCUUACGUGGAGUGACAGAUGCUCCGUGGCAGCCUCUGCUUGCUCUUGUUCGUGAGAGGCCGCGAAGUAGGCAAGAGCUGCCACCUUGUAUGGUUUGUUAAAAGCAAAGUAAAAAAAUAUUAAACAUCCCAGACCCCAGUCAUGCUUUUGCCAUCUUGGCCUCUCCUGUGGCCCCGCCUUGAUGCUGAGGGUUGGGUUUGACCACAUCCCACGGUGGCACAGAGAGAAGGCUCACACCUCCUGGCUGCUUCACAUGGGGAGCCGUCCCUCAUUCUGUGCCAGCCAAAAAGGACCAGCUGGCUUCUGCGCACUAAGUCUGUGACUAACUUGCUUAGUGUGGUUCUCGGAACUCAGCAGGUAUACCUGAAACCAUUAAAUAUGUUUGUGCCUUAAAAGGAGAGAAGAAAGUGUGGUUAAGAGAGUGCAGCAGAUGAAGCUCCAAGCCAGGCAAGCAGUCAGGCUGUCGGACGGCCACUUGUGAACCCCGAGGAGCCAGGGCGCCUUCGGAGGCACCACGUGUGCAUGUGUGGGCAUGCGUGUACGUCCUUCCCUCUCCUCCUCCCUCACCCCGCCCCACCCCCAGGUGCCAUCGCCAUUCCUCUGCACACCCCACCUUCAGUGCAGAGGUCGCUUCAGUACUGGCCCCAGUAGUCAGAGCUGGUUCCUGCUGUCAGUGUCCCUGCUGUGUGCCCUCUAUUCCUAGCAGAGUGAUGAUCUGUUUUGCACGUCUUGCUAUUUGAGCAUGCACGGCUGCUUGUCCUCUUCUCUUCGGGAGGCCCUGGUGCCAGGCAGGUCUGCCAGUGAAGACCUUAUGGGUAGUUCAGGACCCGUGUCACCUCGGCUGAUGCUAAGGGCAGGUGACGUCAUCCUCUCUUCAGCCCCCAGUACUAUUUUGUGUUGAACACAAGUGAUAACUCCAGGUGCUUUUGAUGUGAAAACUAUGAAGAAAUGGGACAGAUGGGAUGUAUAGCAUUUCCAUUCUUGCCAUCUGGUUUUCAACAAACUAUUUUUGGGGAGCCGUCAACCAGGAAAGAUCAGGGUUUGUCCCAGGAAUAUCUUAGACUUUGGAAAACAAGUCAUUCUCUUCACUCCCAGUAACCAAUGCUAAGACAUGCUGAAAAUCAAAGUGAAAAAUAAAAGCUCAUGAGGCCAGAAACUCCUUUUGCUAUCCUUGUCUAAAUAUGAUUAUUUUUUAAAAAGUGAUGAGGUAUCUUUUCCACCCUUCUUUGGAAAAGGGUCUUCUUGGCAGCUUAACAUUGACUUCCUGGUCUUGGUUUGGGGAGAAAUAAAUUUUGUUUCAGAAUUUUCUAUAUGGCAGGAAUCCUUUGAGAAUGUGAUUCCUUUUGAUGGGGAGAAAGGGCAAAUUAUUUUAAUAUUUUGUAUUUUCAACUUUAUAAAGAUGAAAUAUCCUCAGGGGUGGAGAAGAGUUGUUUUCAUAAUUUUCUGAAUUUCAGGCAUCUUGUGAUACAUAAGGGCCCAUAUAUUUAAACCUUUUGUGAAAGAAAAAAGUGUAGAUCCACUUCCAGUGUUGGCUGUGUGACAGAAUCUCAUAUUUGGGCCAAGAUGUUUCCAUUUCUCUGUCACGGUGCAGCACUGCCUGCACUCCAGAGGGACAGGGUAGGACCCACAAGUCAACUGGAGCAAGAAGGAAGGAGGCAGCUGAUGGUGAUCACACCUCACCCAAGAUCUGCCCCCUCUUUAAAGGAAAAUGAACGCAAAGUCCUCAUCUCCUUUAUAUGCAGUUCAAAUCCUCAUGAUCCACAGCAAGAUGAAUUUUAUCAGCCAUGUUUUGUUGUAAAUGCUAGUGUGAUCUGUAAAUGCUACAGAAAUACUGCUCUGAAUACUUUUUUUCAUAAAGGUCUUUGCACAUGAGACCAUAUUCAUGUUAAGAGGCUGAAUGUGCCAGGAGCCCGGACUCAGCUGGAGGAGCCUGUGGAAGAAGAGCUCCUUGGUUUCUGAGCGCAAUGCUCCCAUCUCCUGAUUUCUCUGAACAGGAAACAAAAGAGAGAAUGAAGGAAAAUGCCGUCUUAUUUGUAUUCAUGAACUUGACUGUAAUCAGUUAUGCCAUAUAGGAUGUCAUACAAUACCACUGGUUAAAAUAAAGCCUAUUUUUCAAAUUUA